AUGUCUUACUACAAUAACCCAAGCCAGAGCCAGCAGGGAGUAAACAUGAAUAAUACUCAGGGAAGUAGCAGUAACUUGGGAGGAAUGAGUCAGCUAGGAGGAGCAUCUAGUAAUAUGUUUGGCGGACUGGGACAGCCCCAGCAGACAGGAUAUAACAGUCAAAGCACACUUGGCAGUAGCCAGAAUAUGAUGGGAUAUGGAAAUAGCAGCCAGUUAGCCAAUAGUACUGGAUUUGGAGGCAGUGCAAGCAAUAUGCAUAAUACCGGAUUUGGCAAUACUGGUAGUACAAAUCUAGGAAGUGGUUU